CGGAGGACAGUGAAAGGCGGGAGGAGGGCGCGGCCGCCCUCAAAGUCCCCGCACUGACCGCUGCCCCAGCUCCGGACCUGUCUCCCGACCGUCUCCACCUCUUCUCUCCCUCGUCCUCCGCCCGCAGCCAUGCCCAAGUGUCCCAAGUGUGAGAAAGAGGUUUAUUUCGCUGAGAGGGUCACCUCCCUGGGCAAGGAUUGGCAUCGUCCCUGCCUCAAGUGUGAGAAAUGCAACAAGACUCUGACAUCGGGCAGUCACGCAGAGCACGAGGGGAAGCCCUACUGCAAUCAUCCAUGCUAUGCUGCUCUGUUUGGGCCUAAAGGGUUCGGGCGUGGAGGCGCCGAGAGUCACACGUUCAAAUAGACCCCCUCCGCCAACCAGGUGUUUCCAGGCAGGAAAGCCUCCUCGCUCCGGGCAGUCACUCGCCUGUGACCCGCGGCCUCACCGCUCCCCCACCACGGCCCCCACACCCCAACUCUCUCCUUGUCAAUAAAAACCUUCACCCAAG